AUGACUGAAGAAAAAAGAGAGGCCUUCGAUACCACCGUAAACUCGGUGUCUUCUAAUGACCACCAAAUUGGAACUGGAAAAAUUGUUCUUACUGAAAAAGAUGCAGACAUUGCUCUAGGAUAUGCCGCCGAGGGUGUUGUGAUUGAUGAAGCCACCAACAAAAGAAUUCUAAGGAAGAUUGAUCUCUGCUUGGGUCCUCUGAUGUGUAUUUUGUACGCCUGUCAGUUCAUGGAUAAAGUCUCCAACUCCUACGCUUCAGUGAUGGGUUUGAGAGAAGAUUUGAGCAUGGUAGGUGACAUGUAUUCCUGGACGGGAACUGCAUUCUACCUUGGAUACUUGGCUUUUGUUUUCCCUGCUUCUUAUAUGCUUCAAAGACUUCCUGUUAUCAAGACUGUUGGAACUUUCAUUAUUAUUUGGGGUGUUCUUCUUUGUCUACAUUCCGUUCCGCAAUAUGCUGGUUUUAUUGCUUUGAGAACUCUGCUAGGUAUGAUGGAAAGUGCUGUUACCCCUGCAUUCGUGAUUAUUACUUCCCAAUGGUACAAGAAAGAGGAGCAAUUUCUUAGAACAUCAUGUUGGUUUGCAUUCAACGGUGUCGGUGCUAUUAUGGGAAGUGGUAUCGCUUACGGGUUGGCCAUUAGAGAUAACUAUAGUAUUCAUGCUUGGAAACUGGUUUUUAUCAUCACUGGUUGUAUUACUAUCUUCUUGGGUUUUGUGACCAUGCUCCAUGUUCCAGACACCCCCACCCAAGCUUGGUUCCUCACCGCAGAGGAGAAAGUCUUGGUCGUUGAACGUAUCCGAUCCAACAAUCAAGGUUUCGGUAACAGAAAGAUUAAGACUUAUCAAAUCAAAGAGGCUCUUACUGACAUUCAAACAUGGCUAUUUGUUUUAUUUGCUAUUUCCAACAACAUCCCUAACGGUGGUUUAACCAACUUCAGUGCCAUCUUGCUAUCUGACGACUUUGGAUAUUCCAAGACCACUACACUAUUGAUGAACAUGCCAACUGGUGCCGUUGAAGUGGUAGGCUGCAUUGCAUUGGCCUACACUGUUAGAUGGUUCAAGCAUAGAAUGAUCAUCGCUCUUAUUGCUCAGAGUAUCACAUUGAUCUGUUCGUGUUUGCUGGCUUUUGCUGGACCAGCUAAAGCCAGACUUGCUGGAUACUACACCUUGUACAUUUUCCCCAUUGGUAUGAUCUGCGCUCUGUCUUGUUUUGCUUCCAACACUGCCGGCCACACUAAAAAGGUGACAACAAAUGCUACAUAUUUGGUCGCAUAUUGUGUUGGUAACUUGGUCGGACCUCAAACUUUUAUCUCCUCCCAAGCUCCAUCUUACAGUGGAGCCAAAAUUGCCAUUGUGGUCAACCAAAUUGCAGGACUUAUCUUCUUGGCUGCUAUCUACUAUGUUUACUGGAGAAGAAACAUUGCCAAAGAUAAGCUGGAGAAGGUUACUAAUGAGCACCUGGAGUUUGCUGACUUGACAGACAAGGAAAACCCCAACUUUAGAUAUUCUUGUUAG